AUGCAUCUUAAUUUUGUCACUCAGAGGAUUAUAAAUAAAGAAGUUUUAUAUGGAUUAGAUAAAAAACUAUUUCAAAAAUUAAAUAAUUAUAUUGAAACAAUUAAAGAGGAUUAUUAUGAAAAAUUAUUACAUCAUCAAACCAAUAAAUUGAAAUUAAUAGAUAAUCAUAAAAUUAAUUUUAAUAAUGAAAAUAAUAUUGAAAAUAAAUUAAAUUUAUCAAUUUCUUUAAUAAUUGAAAAUAAUAAAAAAAAUAGAGAAGAAAUUGAAGAAGAAGAAAAAGAAGAAGAAGAAAAAAAUUAUAAUAAUUAUACCAAUAAUAUUGAAAUAAAUUAUAAUUAUUCAUUAUUUCAAAAAGUAUGGGGUAAUAUUGUAAUUAGAAAUGAAAUAUUAUUUCAUCUUAGAUUAUAUAAUAGUCAUUGGGGAAAAGAGAUUUGUUUAUCAUUGAAAGAGGUUUUUCAAUAUAAAUAUAAAAACUAUUUAGAUAAUUUACAAUUAAAAGAGAGAAAAUUUGAAAAGAAAAAAAAUCACCAAAAAGAACCAAAUAAAGAUAAUGAUGAUGAUGAUGAAGAAGAUGAUGAACCACUUGAAAAAUUUCCACAAUCAAAUAUUAGAUCAUUAUAUCUUAAUGAAGAAUAUGAUUUAUUCUAUAAGAAAAUGAUACCUCCUUCAGUUACAAGUGGAAUAAGUAAAGGUAUGUUUGGUGAUAAUAUAACAUCUCUUUCAUUUAGUGGUCCAUUCUUUAAUGAAGAGUUAAGUUGUGUUUGGAUACCAAAAUAUUUAAAACUAUUGAAAUUGGAUAUUGGAUUUCAAAAGGAUAUUAAAAAAGGUCAAUUACCCAAUACAUUGGUUUCACUAUUACUUCAUCCAGAUUAUAAAGGAGUUAUAAUGUUAGAUUCUAUACCUGAAAGUGUAACAACACUUGCUUAUAAUUUUAAUUCACAUUCAAAUAGAGAUUCGUUAUCUUGUAAGAAAAUUCCAUUUUCUACAACCACUUUAGUAUUGGAUGAUGAUUUUAAUCAACCAAUUAGAGUUGGUGAUAUUCCUCAAAAUAUUACAAAUUUAUCAUUUGGUAAAUCAUUUUCAAGUAGUAUUGGUCCAAAUUCUUUACCAAAAUCAACAAGAAUAUUAUCAUUGGGUAAAUUUAAAGAUUCAGUUGAUCAUAAUAUAUUACAAGAGAAUUUAAUUUCAAUAGAUUUUGGUGAAUACUUUAAUAGACCUUUAUUUUCAAAUAUGUUCUCAUUUUCUAAAUCAAUCACUACAAUUAUAUUUGGAAAAAGUUUUACUCAACAAAUUGCACCUGGAGUUUUCAAUCAUUUAAAUCAUUUGAAAACUUUAAAAUUUGGUGAUCAUUUUAAUUCAAGAAUUUUAAAAAAUGAAUUACCAGAAUCUUUAACUUUAUUAGAUUUAGGUGGUUAUAAUAUACCAUUAGAUAUCGGUAUGUUUCCAACUUCAUUAAUAUCUUUAACAUUUCAUUGGUUUAAUAAACCCAUUGAAAUUGGUGUUUUCCCUUCUUCAAUUGAAUCUUUAAAUCUGGGUUGGAAUUUUAAUCAAAUAAUAAAACCAGGUAUACUUCCUAAAAAUUUAAAAUAUUUAGAUAUUUAUAAUUCAUCUUUUAGACAAGAUUUAUCAAUUGAUGGUAUAUUACCACAAUCAUUUAAAAAUUUAACAAUUUCAAUUGAUAAUCUUUCUUUAUUUCAGUCAUUUGAUUCAAAAUUUUCAUCAAAAUAUGUUAAAUUAUUUAAAACAAAUAAUUAA